AUGUGCGAUCGCAGUCUCUGCAGGUCGGGCUAUGUGGGUUCGCUCCUGAAUCUGCCGUCGCCCGACUCCUUCUACUUCCCCAACCUGCGGGCGAAUGGCAGCCAGCUGGCCGCCCUGCCACCCAUCUCCUACCCGCGGGGCUCUCUGGCCUGGUCGGCGGCGCCCGGUCCUUGCGCGGCCCAGCCGCCAGGCCCGGCCGCCUUUGGCGGCUACUCGCAGCCCUACCUGGCCGGCUCGGUGCCCCUGAACCUCCCCGGGCCCGGAGCCAAGGACGGCCCCGCCGAGCCCCGCAAGUACUACGGCCCCGAGCCGGGGCUCAGGGCGGAGGAGCGGGGUCGCCCCCGGCCGGGGUUCGCCCAAGACCCAACGGGCCUGGCCCCCGGCCCCGGCCCCAAGCCCGCCAGGUACGAAAUCUCGGGCGGGGGGCGAGGCCAGCCGGGGGCUGCCACCCUGGGCGAAGGGGCCUCCUGCUCCGCCGCCUUCAGGGACCUCGCCAAGAGCCCGCUCAACUUGAACGUGACGGCGCAGGGGGCCGGCGGCCCCUCCUGCCUCCGACCUUCGCUGCCCGACGGGCUGCCCUGGGGCGCGGGCCGGGCCAGGGCCCGCAAGAAGCGGAAACCCUACACAAAGCAGCAGAUCGCGGAGCUGGAGAACGAGUUCCUCCUCAACGAGUUCAUCAACCGGCAGAAGCGGAAGGAGUUGUCCAACAGACUGAACCUAAGCGACCAACAGGUCAAAAUCUGGUUCCAGAACCGCCGGAUGAAGAAGAAGCGGGUGGUGUUGCGGGAACAGGCGCUGGCCCUCUACUAG